AUGGGGGUCGACCCAUUGUCUCCAAUUGCGCCAGUGCGCUUGAGGGCACUUUUACUACCAAUUGGAAGGAUUAAGCGAUCCCGCUUCUUGAGUUUCGCAGCUAGGCUUCAAGCUGAAAAUGUCGUACGGUUAGGGGACAUUAGUCCCGAUGGUCGACCAAAUCGAAAUAUGUUUUCCCCGCUUGCAUUUCCUACAGGGUUGAUCCUAUACGACCUGUCCUUCUCGGUUCCCCCCACGUCGCACCUCGAGCUAUUUCCCUUUGAGAUAUACAGAGAGCCUUUGGUGAUCAUUGCGAUUGCAGAUGGUACCGAGCUUUCCCAGAGCCCAGAAUCGAAGAAACAGCAUCCCACGCCGGAGGAGCUUGAUCAGCUAUUGGAAGAGCUCGAUGCAGUGAAGGAGAGGAGCCCACGAGCACUCGUGAACCAGCUUCUGGUCUUUGACUAUGAUGGCUUAGAGAAACUCACAAAUGGCCCGGAUAACGUACUUUGGGUACCUCGUCCCGAGGCUUCGAAGGCUACUACAAUGAAAACGGUUUUGUGCGACAUAACCUCGGUCUUGCUUUCGGAGCUGGACGAGUUUGCGAAAACUAUCCAAGCCAUCCCGACGAUCGAAUCACCUCGAACAUCUUCAUGGGGGCCGUCCCGCAAUCCAGAGCUACGUCCCCGACCGGUCGACCGACUGCUACACCGGAUGACCCUGCCUGCACAAAUGCCAUCCAAUCCGAAUGGUACACCAGACACCCCAUUGUCCGACUCGGGUGCACAAACGCCCAAUUCUGAAACCGCCACGACGUUUGAUGAGAUUACUCGCUCGAUUCACAUUAAUCGCACACAUUCUGGCAGCAAGAGCCCCUCAGUAGCUUCGCCUAAAGAGCAUAGUCGUGAGCGCAUGUCAGUUAGCGGAGUGAGUGCGACUGACAGAACAAAGAAUCGUAUUAAGGGACGAGCUGGAGUCGUCAUUGGAACUCUUUUCCUGCAGGCAGGAAGAUGGCAUGAUGCCUUGAAAGAGUUGGUUGAAGCUACGAACAAUGCACGCGCAGGCAGCGAUUAUAUCUGGCACGGUAAAGCGCUGGAGUCCAUUCUUCUUUGCCUCGUAAUGCUUGGGUGGGCAGGCAUGGAUUUCCAGAUUCCCUCGGUUCUCUACCCUGUUGCCGACAAAUCUUCAAAGUCGCAUCGAGAUUCGGUUUCUGCUCCUACAGCUGGAAACCGCAUUAUCUCUCUCCAGAAUCUUGCGAAUUUGUUACCCGAUCUUGCAAACAACAUUCUCAAUCUAUACAAUCGAGCCGCCCACAUAACAGAUGAACCUCUUCCACAAUUGGUCUUCUCUGAGACAGUCAUUCGGUUAUCGAGACUCUUGGUAUCAGCUCGGGUCCGCGAUGGUGCGUUGGACGACAACGCCUUGAAACAUAUCGUCAUGAACGAGCCCCUAGUACCUAUACUUCAACCAGAACUUCCACGUGGAACAGUUCUGCUUCGCAAAUCUGAGCUUGCAAACUUCUUGUACCGAGCUCUACCGCUUGCACCCAGUGCCGACUUGCCUGCCACCGAUGUGGUCCCCAUUGUCGUGGGCGUGGUGUCUGUUCUCAAUGCCCUUGAUUUGCCUCGAAAGAAAGCUUUUAUCAUGCGCGAGCUUCUUACUGUGAUGGUACCCAGUCUGGUACAGGCACGGAAAAUUGGCGCCGCAGAGGUUGGAAUCCAUCCAGCUGCGGGAUUAGCAUCUCUUAGCGAUACCACUUUUGAUGUGAAUGCCCUUGAUAUUGGCCCAGGAAAUAUGGAAAAGAGUGUACGUCUUCUUCUGGCCACCAUAGGCGAGAUAUAUGGCGUCCAGCCCUCGGCAUACUAUGAGUGGGAGAAGCGACAGAGCCAAGCAUCCGCACUUGGCGGAUCAGAAGGAUGUCCUGACUAUGAAUCGGUUGCUGGCAUUGCAGAGCGAUCUUUCCGACAUGUGGUUCUUGAUAGAUAUGGCGAUCUCAAUCUCAAGAUUGAUGUUCUCAAAGCAUGCAUCAACUGCUGUGAAGCCUUGCCCGACUUUGAAGGUGUACUUCGUUUCACAGUCGAGCUUCUGCAAACAAUUCGAGGGGAUUUGAUGAUAGGAGAGACAAAUCAGAUGCCACCAUAUCUUCCCCGAGAAGAGCAAGUCCGUCUCUUGAACAAUAUCAAACGCACCGUUGGCGCUGCAAACAGGCUAGGUGCAUCUCAUAUGACAGCAGAGUACUGGGAUGACUUCCUCGUACGCGACGUCCAGCUAUUAGCACUGCCGGAUCCUAGGAGACCUGUCCGGCGGUCCAAAUCAGAGUUGCACGCUGUUACCGCUGGAUCAGAGAAAUCGAAAAAGGAUCCUUUCCUAUACAACCCCUUCGCGAAACCUAGCAGCAAAGCCUUGGAAAUGCUUAGUGUGACAGAUGAGCCCGCUUCGUUCCGGGUAACUCUCCAAAAUCCCUACGAAUUUGAAGUUGAGAUCGAGCACUUGCAACUAGAGAGUACAGGCGUGGACUUUGUGGCCGUGGCAGAGAACAUCAUUCUUCCUCCAUUUUGCCUGCAAGAUAUCAUCGUCCUGGGCACCGCUCGCGAGGAAGGAAAACUCACCAUCACUGGUUGCAUCGUGAAAGCGCGGAAUUGCCGAAUGCGAAGAUUCCCCAUAUUUAAAGAAUUCUGGAAGCCUGAAACCGAUGUCAAGUUCAAAAGGACAGGGCUGUCUUCGAAAAAGCCCCUGUCAGAGCGUCCGGUGUCCUGGGCUUCAGAAACUUCUAAAGAUGGAAAAACGUCAGUCAAGAAGGGUCCCGAGGCAGCAACAUGUGAGGUUAAGGUCAUCGGCAAACAGCCAUCACUUUUGAUCGAAUCAAUGUCACUCUCACAGUCCGCGAUGAUGGUUCUAGAAGGGGAGAUCAAGUCAUUCACCAUUACCCUUCAAAAUACCUCUUCUUGCCCCGUGGACUUUGUUUUGUUCACCUUCCAAGACUCGACUACCCGGCAACUUCAAUCAGCUCUUAAGAACAGAGAUCUCUUGCCGGUGGAAAUUUACGAACUGGAGCUGAAGUUGACAACUCAGCCAGCCCUGCGAUGGCGCCGUGAGGGUUCUAACUCUGAAGACUGCUCUAUCGCGGCCGGCCAGAAGGCAACUUUCACGGUCGAUGUGCUGGGCAAGCCUGGCCUACAGGAUACCACUGUUCAAAUCGACUAUUCGUUCGUUGGGGCCAAACAGGCUGAUUUGCCUGAUAUCUUUUACACUAGGCAAUUGUUUGUGCCGCUGACCGUCACGGUAAAUGCCAGCGUAGAAGUGGCUCGCUGUGAUAUCUUGCCCUUCAGUGGUGAUUUUGCAUGGCGAAAUCACCUCGAACCCCCGUCGGACCCAGUUCAACAAGAAGAUUCACCGUUAUCUGCCAGCGAUCAUGAUCCAUUUUCUCAGGUUCUUGCCCGUCUUGGAAAUGGAGCCUACGGUCCAGAUCACUGUGUUGUCUUGCUUGAUCUGCGAAAUGCAUGGCCAAGUCCUGUUUCUGUGUGGUUGCGAGUUGGCGAGCAUUCCGCUUUGUCAAAGGAUAUUCACACUGGCCAGUAUACCGUCGAUGGACAUCUUCAGCCUGGCCAAACCUCCCGAUUUGUCCUCGUACUCCCGCGUGUCUAUCUAGACAACCCCCAUGCCUCUAUUCCCGUCGUCAACACUGGCACUCGAAGACAAUUCGUGGUCAGCGUCAACAAACUAUCCUUCGAAGCUGAGGCAGCCUCUCGCGAAGCUUUCUGGUUCCGAGAAGAGCUACUGAAGAGAAUGACCGGACACUGGAAGGAGGCCUCUACAGGUCGUGAGGGCACCAUUGACCUUCGGAACAUCCGCCUCAAUGCUCGAAUGGUGGAAGCCAUGCGUCUUGAGGACGUCGACAUAACAUUUUCCCUCUCUUCGCCCUCCGAACCAACCAGCCCUAAAUCUUCACAGAAGGUCACUCAGACCGGUCGCUCACGAUUUCGAGCCGAAGCAGACGAUCUCCUUACCCUGGCCGUCACUAUCCGCAAUCGGUCUUCACGUCCUAUUCACCCACUUCUCCGCCUUCAGCCUAGCUUGCGACACCAACCAAAUAAUGUCGCUCUGGACCUCACACGCCGCCUGGCAUGGACUGGAAUGCUCCAACAGUCUCUCCCCAUCUUACCAAGUGCCGAGUCGACCAAGGCCUUCAUUGGCGUGACGGUGCUCAGCCGUGGCGAAUACGAGUUUGGUGCCAGUGUCGAGGAGGCGCGCAUCCUGUGGCCUUCUGAUUCUCUUAGCAAACGAGAGGACGACUCCAAUGCUCAUGAUGAUGUCGUCAAGGAUACGUUCGGAGCAGACGUUGUGAGACGACGCCGCAUUUGGCAUGCGAUGGAGACUUGUGUCAUCCAUGCCAGCUAA